AUGACACUCCUCACGGCCCAGGGUGCCCAGCAAGUUUUCCAGCUACAGGGGCCCGAAGGCCGGGAACACCUCCGGCAACUGCUGCAGUGGGAGGCACCAGAGGAGGGAACCCGUGAGUCCAUCCUGCUUGAUACCCUCUAUGAGAGCCUGCUCUUCGCCGGGGGCAAGGGCUUCCCAUGGGCACAGGUGUCCCAGGUGGUCAGAUUCACUGAGGAGCUGCUCAGCGAAAACAGAGGCCAGUCCCUCAUGGAGGCUGUGAUCACUUUGGGGAAGAAACUCCAGGAAUAUCAGACCCAGUUCAACACCACCCGCCUGCUGGUCCUGUGUGAUUACUUCCAGAACACUCUGCUCCGCCACCACCAGCUCUACCAGUUCAUCCUGGGCCAUGACCAGGACGUGAGGCUGAGUGUGGAGCAUGUGGAGGUGUGUGUACCGCCCCAGCCACUAGCCCUGACUCAGGGCACCGAGGAAGCCGUGUGGGCCCAUGAACAGCAGCUGGCCAAGUUGGCGCUGGCCGAAGCACAGAAGCGUGUGGACCUGCUGGUGUGGAAGGAGGUGUUGAGGCUGGAGAAGGAGCAGCGGCUGCGAACUGUCUUCUCAGGGCAGCAGAGUGGGAACCAGCAGCUCUGCAGAGAGGAGUUGGAGGCCUUGGUGGCCAAGGCUGUCCAUGUGCACCUGGAGAGCCUGAUGCGGAUGCUGCAGCAGCAGAUCCAGGUCCUCUUCGAUAUGCUGGAACUGAGGCUGCAGAGGAAGGUCCUGAGUGUUGGAGCCUCCAUCCCUAGCCUGCUCGUAUUCCCUGCCCCGGGGGCGCUGAGUCUGAGUGUCCUGGUGGCUGAGCAGGGUUUCCUGAGGAAAGUCUGCUAG